AUGACCAAUACCGAUUCGGUUCAAAACGAUUCACCCAUUGAGGUCCUUCGCGAUGACUUUCGGCGUGGCGACUUUCGCGUCGCCCUGUUCGACUUCGAUGGAACGCUCUCGUUGAUUCGCCGGAAUUGGCAAGCCGUGAUGAUUCCGAUGAUGGUCGACGUGUUACGGUCCACCGGCACGGGUGAGACUCCGGCCGAGUUAGAGCAGCACGUCGAAGAGUACGUGAUGCGACUCAACGGCAAGCAGACCAUCUACCAGAUGAUCCAGUUGGCCGAGGAAGUCCUCGCUCGCGGUGGCAAGCCGCAAGAUCCGCUGGAAUACAAGCAGCAGUACCACGACCUGCUGUGGGAGAAGGUGAUCAAGCGGAUCGAAGGCUUGCGAAGUGGAGAGCGUACGCGGGAGGAUCUCACCGUUCCCGGCACUCACGAGUUGUUGAGUGAGCUUCGCGAUAAAGGGUUGCAGCUUUAUCUGGCUUCCGGUACCGACGUGCAUUACGUGCGAGACGAAGUCGAAGUGCUGGGGCUCAGCGAGUUUUUCGGCGAACACAUCUACGGGGCGCUGGACGACUACAAGAGCUUCUCGAAGAAAAUGAUCAUCGAACAGAUCAUUCGCGAUGCCGGUUUCGAAGGUCACCAGCUCAUCGGCAUUGGCGAUGGAUUUGUAGAGAUCGAAGAAAUGCGUCGGGCCGGCGGCGUCGCCAUCGGGGUGGCAAGCGAGGAAGAGACCCGUACUGGUGUGAACCAGUGGAAACGCGAACGGCUCAUCCGCGCGGGUGCCGACAUCAUCGUUGGAGACUAUCGUCAUCGCGAUCGCCUGUACGAGGUCGUGAGAUCUAUGUACCCUCAAUUCGAUCGCAGCCGCCUGCUGAUCAAACCGCUCAACGAGCGGAUCCACGACAUCCAGCACGAUAGUCUGCUGCCGUUGGAUCACGACCCACCGGCUUUGGAGUCGGCGGAGAUGAAAGACCUGGCCACGCUCGGUGGUCGAUUGGUCGCCGCCCGCGAGAAAGGGGCUGCCCGGCUGAUGCUGAUGGGGGCCCACGUCAUUCGGGCCGGUGUGGGACGGCAAUUAAUCGACAUGAUGGAGCGAGGGCUGAUCACCCACAUUGGGAUGAAUGGCGCGGGACCGAUCCACGACUACGAGUUAGCCCGCAUUGGAGCGACUUGUGAGAGUGUGGCUCGUUACAUCAGCUCCGGCGAGUUCGGUCUGUGGCGUGAGACCGGCGAGAUGAACGACGCAGUGGCCCGCGGUGCCGCCGAAGGUCUGGGGCUUGGCGAGGCAAUCGGUCGCGAGAUUCUCGAAGGUGACUUCCCGAACAAAGACACCAGCGUCUUGGCUGCCGGGUAUCGCUUGGGCGUGCCGAUCACCGUCCAUAUCGGGAUGGGGUACGACAUUCUGCACGAACACCCCAACUUCGAUCCGGCCGCGUUUGGAACGGCCUCGUAUCGCGAUUUCCUUUCGGUCUGCAAUACCGUCGAGAAGCUGGAAGGCGGUGUGUUCCUCUGCUUCGGCUCGGCGGUGAUGGGCCCCGAGGUUUAUCUGAAGGCGCUGGCCAUGGCCCGCAAUGUGGCCCAUCAGGAAGGCCGAAAGAUUUGCAACUUCACCACAGCCGCCUUCGAUUUGAUUCGCAUCGACGGCGACUUCCAUGCUCAGGCUGGCGGCCCUGAAAGCGGAGAGCCCCACGUGAUUGGCUACGAUCGCCUGAAGGAAAUACUGGGGCGUUUCGCUCAGUUGAAAAUUGGGCUUCUCGGCGACCUGUUCUUAGAUCGCUACCUCGAUAUCGACCCCUCGGUGCACGAGAUCUCGGUCGAAACCGAUCUCGAAGCCUACCAGGUGGCCCGAGUUCGCAAUCAGCCGGGGGCACUCGGCACGGUGAUGAACAACCUGAAAGCACUCGGCGUCGGGACCAUGGUGCCCAUCACUGUGGUGGGCGACGAUGGCGAGGCAUUCGACCUGCUCAAAGAACUGGACGCCCGCGGAAUCGGCACCGAGGCCGUUGUGCGCGACCCUGCUCGACAGACGCCCACCUACACGAAGCCAAUGAAGCAGGAUGCCGCCGGUGUGUGGCAAGAACUCAACCGCUUGGACCUCAGGCCGCGGGAACCGUUGGCCGUCGAGUCGCAGCAGCAGGUGUUGGCCCGGCUUGAGGAAGUAUUCACCACCACCGACGGGCUGAUCGUGCUGGACCAGGUGCCCGAGGAGGGCUGGGGCGUGGUCACUCCAGCGGUGCGGGACCGGCUGGCGGAACUUUCCGAAUCACAUCCUGAGAAGUUGAUUUUCGUCGACAGUCGCUCGCACAUCGGUCGCUUUCGACGCGGCGUAUUGAAGCCUAACUUGCACGAAUGCCUGCGGGGCGUAGGACGUGACCCAAGUGACGAUCCGCAGCUAGGGCGCGACGCGGCCGGCGAGUUGAGUCGCCAGAAUGACCAGCAGUUGUACUGCACUAUGGGGGCCGACGGGAUCUUGAUUGUCGACCCCGAGGCAGAGCCCAUUCACGUUCCGGCUUACCCUGUCACCGGGCCGAUCGACAUUGUGGGUGCCGGUGACAGUACCACCUCGGGCAUCGUGGCUUCGCUACUCUCGGGAGCCACGCCAACGGAGGCUGCCGCGGUUGGUAAUCUCGUGGCUUCCAUCACCGUCCAGCAACUCGGCACCACCGGCACGGCCACUCCAGCUCAAGUGCUCGAGCGGUGGAACGAGACGCACUCUGCGUAG